GUCUGCAGAACAUGGAGAAAUGAGCUCAAAUGGGGAAAACAAUAGAGCUCUUGAAAUUAACCGUCGAUGAAUCGCGAAUCGUCUCGCAGCUCAACGUUCCCCCUCACCGACCCAACCUCGAAUCCAGUUUCUACGAAGAAUUUUCCAUCAGAGGUAUCCGAGUCGACCGAGUGGAACCCGGUCUAAUCACCUGUACCUUCAAGGUUCCUGCUCGACUCAUCGAUAGGAAUGGAUAUUUGUCUUCGGGUGCAAUUGCGACCCUAGUUGAUGAAAUUGGUGCUGCUCUGCUGUUUGUUGUGGGCUCCCCCAUGGAUGUUUCAGUGGACAUGUCAAUCUCUUAUCUUUCAAAUGCCAAGGCCGAAGAUGAGUUGGAGAUUACCUCGAAAUUAUUAGGACAAAAAGGAGGUUAUUUUGGAACACUUGUGCUUCUCAAGAACAAAGCAACUGGAGAAAUAGUUGCCGAAGGUCGGCAUUCACUGUUCAAGAAACAUGCUAGCAAACUCUAAUCUUUUUUCAUUCCUCUUUGUUUGGUGAAUUUGAAUUGGAGCAGCAACAGGAAACUAUGGUCUCAGGGAGCCACAGAUGUAUGUUGUUGCUAUUUUAUUGUGAUCUUGUAUCUUUCAUGGAGGAUUAAGCUCAAUACUACUAGGAUAUGUAAACACUUUACUAGAUAUUGUUUGGUAAUUCUGGAAAAUGAAGCAAGAUUUGAUCUUCAUAUUACUUCACUAUUAAAUAAAUGUGGCUUCUUCGCAGAAA